AUGAGCCGCCCUACAACCGCAGCGUCGACAGCCGGCGAGUAUUCAACUCAUGUGAUUGCGGUGCUUGAAGGAAGGGGAGUGGCGCGUGAAAUCGGAAUGGCGGCAUUGAAUAAGUCUACAGGCCAGUGUGUAUCUUCCAGGUCAAUGCUAACCACUCAAUGGAUUAACCCAGUAUACAAUCCUUCCUCGAUACUCGUCCCAGAUACGUUUCUCCCCAUUGAGCCCACAUCAAAAUCCAAAAUUUCCCCAUUAGUGGAGAGUAUACGUGACGAGUUUGAGGAUGAUGUUGACUUGGUUCCAAUUCCUCGAAAGUACUGGAACGACGGAGAUGGCUUAGACGUCGUAAACCACCUUAUAAUUGACAAUGGAGAAAAACCAGGGACUCUGCUCGCCCUGUAUUAUGCACUGUCUGCUACAUCUGCUUUGUUCAAGUUUGUAGAAAUACGCAUGAACACAACCUUUGCGCCUCGCUCUGUGAGGAUUAGCUUUCGGUCACCCGAAGGAACCAUGAUGAUCGACUGUGAAACCACCAAGAACCUAGAACUUUUACAGAAUAAUGUCUCAAAGAAGAGUAAAACUUCGUUGUUUGGCUUGUUGAAUCAUACAUUCACACCCAUGGCACAUCGGUUGUUAAGGAUCAACAUUCUAGCUCCAAUAACUGAUCAAAUGGCUAUUGAGCGCCGACUGGAAGUAGUCCAAGAGUUAGUUAACGAUGAGGAGAAAUAUACGGCCAUUCGCGACGCACUCAAGCCCAUCAGAUCAAAAGACUUUGACAAGCUCAUCGCCCAGCUCAGCACGUCCGACACGCACCCAAUCGGCGGACCUUCUGGUAACGCCCGAGGAGCAUCAGUCCGAGUCGAGCAGAUUAUGACGCUACGCAGUGUUGUUCGGAGCCUUCCCGCAGUUGUCCAGGCGCUUAAUGGAUGUCACAGCUAUCUGCUGCGAAUGAUGGGUGAUAUGCUCGACGAUGAGCGCGUCAAGUCUAUCGAUGAUAUGGUUAGCCAGGGACUAAAUGAUGAUGCACUUUUCGCGGGAGGUGGCGGGAGCUUCGGUACCUCUUUCGGAUCAGUCACCAAGAAGGUCUACGCCGUUCGAGCAAACUACAACCGCCUUCUGGACGUAGCACGUGAGACCUACCGCGAGAAUGUCACGGAUAUCAUUGAGCUUCAGGAAGAGCUCUCGAAAGAGCACGAUCUGCCUAUAUCCAUGCAGUGGCAAGACAGUGGCUUUGUCUUUGUUCUGAAAAAGGGAGACGUUCCGCCUGGGACUAAGAGCUUGCCGAGACCCUUCAUAAACGCAUCAAUGAAGAAGAACGGGAAAUGGUUAUUUUCGCACUUGGAACUGAAAAAGCGAAAUGCGCGUUUGAGGGAUUCGCUGGACGAGGCACUAUUGCUCAGCGACCAAAUCGUCAAGGCUCUUGUAGAGCGUAUUCUAGAAGACAUUGGUGUCUUGUACAAAGCUUCGGAAGCAGCGAAUAGGGCUUCUAGAUAUGCUUUGGUCCUUCGCUCAUACAUCCAUUCGUCGGCACCCCGUGUUGGAAAUGUACAAGCUGCCGGGAACUUCGUCCCGAAUGACACGUAUGCGUGCGAUGGGUCCAGCUUUCAGAUUAUUGAGGGUCCGAACAUGUCGGGAAAAAGCACAUACUUGAGGCAGAUUGGAUCGCUGGUGGUUAUGGCCAUGUGUGGAUCUUUUGUCCCGGCUGAAUACGCUAGUUUCCGAAUUCACGACUCAUUACUGACUCGUUUAUCGAACGAUGACGAUCCUGAGCGUAGUCUUAGCACGUUUGCAAAAGAGAUGACAACAAGUGGGACGAUCUUGAGUGGGUGUGGCAACGGAAUCCUCGUUGAUAUUGAUCGACGAGCUCGGAAGGGGACAUCGCCUAUAGAAGGUAUUGGACUCGCGCAUGCAAUCGCGGAGGAGAUUAUUAAACUUAAGGCUUUCACUUUUUUCACUACUCAUUUUCACCAACUCACCUAUACCCUCUCCAAAUACCCGACGUUUUUACAUCUCGCUGUCGAGAAAAGUACACACGUGAACCAGUCGACCUUCCGGUUGAGGUUCCGACACUUGCUGGUAGAUGGUGCAUCAGAUGCUAUUGACCAUUACGGGCUUGAACUCGCUCGACUGGCUGAUCUCCCACCGGACGUGCUAAUCGAAGCACGAAAGUAUCCAUGGAGCUUAAAGCUCAGACGACGCACAAAGAGCAGCGAGCGAAAGCAAUGCUAUUGCAGCGCGGAGGAAAAUCAUCCUGCGAAACAUUCCACACUCGGGGACGAGGAUCUCCUCAAAUAUCUCGCUGGCAUACAAACAGAGACCAUUGUUGCACUGAGGGAUCUACUUCCCAGCGCUGGACACUCGUCUCGCGAGGACGUGGAACCGCUCGAGCCCGGCCAUGGAUCCAGUCCCCGGAGAUAA